GGAUUCAAGUGGAUAACGAAGGGGCAAACACUGUCGGACUCCAAUGGGAAUUUUCUCAUGGAGUGCAAGUUGUGCGGCUGGGGUUUUCAGGGCAGGCAAUCGAAGGCCGCACAACACUUCACAAUAAAGAACAACUGCGCUAAAGUCACCAAGGAGCAGCUCGCGGAGAUCUGGAACAAGACAAACUACCCGUUCGACCAGAGCCACCAUCGGAAGAUCAUCGACUUCCUGAGGUCUCGUAGGUUUCGAGACAAUAGAAAUACUUCAGGGAGGGAGCAGGCGGGGGAGGACUAUGACGACAGCGAGCAGGAGAGGAGGGCGGCCGAGGGGGGAGGUGAUGAUAGUGACAGUGAUUCACAGGACAUGGACGUUUGGCGAGAGGCGGUGCGCGCCAGGGGAAAGAUGAGGGGGGACAAGGCCGUUGCCGAGGACAGCACCCCGGACGAGCACGACGACGACGACGAUCAGGGUGCAGACCUUUGGGCGUCUCUUGAUGGGGGUCUGAUGACCGCUGGCCGUCGAGGCCAAGAGGGGGCUGCCAAAGCGAUGAAGGACGCCGUGCAAUCGAAGAAGAGAAAGAGGAAGGCAACGACACCAGCUCCUCCUCUGCCGAAGAAGGGCAAAGUCCUUCGACAAAACUUCCAUGAUAGAGACCUUCGAUCCGGCGUGGCAACGAGAGUUUUCGAACGAGUUCCUACAGUGGUGGUACGUGAGCGGGAUUCCAUUCGAGGCGGCGAGGAGGCCGGAGUACCAGCGAGUGAGGAAGCGGUUGCUCGAGUGUCCGCCGUAUACACAUCCUGCGUUGCCCACGCACCGUCUCAUUUCCGGCGACGGUAUUCCACAGCAACACGAGUUGUGGUGGAGAUGGUGGCGGCCGUCCGCAAGGACAAUGCGGCGACGAGAGCGACCAUCCUCACGGAUGGUCGCAAGUCCAUCACUAGCGACCAGAUCGUCAACUUCCUUGCCGUUGGGGCCACGGGAGCCUACCUUUUCAGGACUGUGCAGCGCGACGGUGCUGUCCAGGAGACAGCCGAGGUGGUGGUGGAGCGAUGGAAGGACGUGUUCAACAACUUCGGUGUCGAAAACGUCAACGCCAUUUGCACGGAUUCUGCGUCCGCGUAUGUGGCUGCAUCCAAGCUCCUGGCGAAGGAGGAGGUAAAGUACAGUCGCAUUACUUGGCUUCCGUAUGCGGUGAAGAAGCAUAACCAGCUUGGUUUUAUCAAGCUGGCUCGUUUGGUGGAGAUAUCCACCAACUUGAGAUUCAGUCGUUGUCACGGAAGGGGUUCAGGGUACGUUCUGCCAUGGGAGGACGCUGAGGAGGAGACAGAGGACAACAUUCCUCCGCCUCGUGACGAGGGUGUUCGGCCAGCUGACCGAGUCACGGAGGCGCAGCGCGAGCGGCAGGUGCAGCGCGGGCAGAAGGAUCGCCUUUCCAAGGCUCCGCCCAGUGUCGAGACAUAUUUCGGUCGUCGCGCCACAAUGCUCAUGCCGACUGAGUUGGACGCCGUGUACGAUCCCGAGCCGGAUCCUAUGGCUCAGGACCCGAUGGAGGCGGAGCCGUGGUCCGAUCCAGACGACCUGGCAGUGGAGUCUGAGCCCGGAGAUUCUGAUGAUGGUGGCGACGAUGUUUCUCUCACCGAGAUGUUGCGUCCUCAGACGCGUGCUUCCACUGCAUCCGCUGCGCAGCAUCCUCCUCCCCCUCCACCUCCGCCCCCGAGUGCGCAUCCUUCCACUGCAUCCGCUGCGCAGCAUCCACCUCCCCCUCCACCUCUGCCCCCGAGUGCGCGUGCUUCCACUGCAGCCGCUGCGCAGCAUCCCCCUCCACCUCCACCUCCGCCUUCGAGUGGUCGUGCUCCCACUGGAACCGCUGCGCAGCAUCCCCCUCUACCUACAAAUCGUCCAGGACAUGGCGAGAAGGGGACUCGCGAGAUUGUUGACGAGCGAGACGACGACGACGACGAUGAUAGAGAGGGGUACGAGGGCAGCAAUGAGGACGAGGAUGAUCCCGCCUAUUCCCUGAGACGCGAACGUGGUGACGACGAUGAUGACGACGAUGAGGGCGGCGAUGGUACACAGGCUGCAAGUGGUUUGCGGAGGUCGUAUGAACAUCGUGCCGACCGAUGCAGUGGUGCAGGCAAGGGAGACAGUGGUGCAGGCAGGGGUGUGGGGGGCGCAGGACAAACAAGGGGUGCGGGCCGAGGUGGUGGAGGACGGGCGAGGCGAGAGUCUGCAUCCUCCACUCGCACUGUGCACUGGGUUGAUGAGGGUGCCGCGACAGGAGAGGUUGGCGCCAGGUCGGCAGAGUUUGCUGCUGCGUCGGCAGAGGCCGCUGCAGAGGCCGCUCCCUCUGCUGGAGAGUUCGCAGCGGCGUCUGAGAAGGUCGCAGGGGGCUUUGCAGAGGUUGCUGGCGAGGCUGCGCAAGUUGGGAGGGCUUCUGCGCAGUUGGGUGUCAGUUUCAGUGGUAUUCUUGAUGUUUCUUUGGGGCUUCCUCCGACACCGGCAGGCGAGCGUGGCAGUGGUGACGCAGCGGCUACGCCCGUCAGAGGCAGCAGCAGGGACACAAGGUUCGUCGGGGCAGGAGGAGUGUGCAACAGGGGACGGGGGGAUUGUCGACUUGAGCAGGAGCGAGCGCCAAAGUCGAAGCAGGAUAGGAUCGACCGUGAGGAGAGGCAGAGGGCGCAUGACUUGGCUAGCCGUUGCGAGAUGACACAGAGUAUUGCGUCGAGGGCACGGGCAGAACGAAUGCUCGAGACGGGCGGUGGUGAGGGUCAUCGUGCGACGGACGAUGCAAUGCUUGAGUGUGGAGGCGCGGGCACCGGGGAUGCAGGCGAGAGACCCGCGUCGCCGGUUCAGGGUGUUUGUAUAUUGCCUAUCGGUGAAGCCAUGACGGCGGGGGAGUUGGAGCGGCAGGUACGAGAGGACCCAUUGCAGGCAGAUCGGCGUGGAUGGAUGGACGAGGCGUCGAGGAGGUUCAUGGCAGAGGGCCCAGCUUACGUGCCCUGUAGCCCGUCACUGCCAUCGUCCUCCAGUGGUGCCACUACCUCCAUACAUAUUGAGGGUCCAGUCACGGGACGGAUUACCGCACCGGCACCUGCAGAGUCUCCUUCUCCCAAAUCACGGAAGAAGAAGAUGAGAGCAGGUAAGAGUCUCCGUACUGUGAGGAGGGUGACGCAUGCGAUGCGGGAGACUCAGCCCGGGCUGGCCAGUUUACAUCCGCGGACUCGGGAGGCAUUGACCCUGGACGUUGUCGCGGAGACAGUAGGUUGGUGGGAGAGGGGCUCCAGCCGGGCGACGGAGCAGCCCAUCACAGCACCUACUGAGGCGGAGAUGCCAUGUACUGGGGGGCGCACAACAAGUAGGGGGGAGGAGGCGGAGCACAGCGGCCCCCCCGGGAGGAGCAUGGCCGAACGUAUAUUAGGGGAGGAUGUGAGGACGGUGCCUGCGCAGCGACCGUCACAGGCAGGAGUCGUUUUGGAGUCCGGUACCGAUGAUUUGGAGAUGCCUCGUGGCCAGCGGAGGAGGGUUUCCGUGUACGACCUUCUUCGAGCACAACACGGGGUUGACGCGGCGCCACGGGGGGGGGUUCAUGCUUCGGAUACUGCGCACGGGCCGGUAGACGGCACAGGUGACGGCGACGGUGUAAGAGGUGCGGUGCCUCACAGGAGAAGGAAGGACAUUGUGAACGACGAUGAUGUUUAGUCCCACCAUUAGUCCUCUUUCAUCC